AUGAGAGAGCAAUGGCAAGCGCAGCAGGCGCAAGCGAACGACGCGCUGAGGGCAGAGAAGGAAGCGGUGAGGAAACAGAUGGAGCAGAUGCGCGAAGAGUGGUGCGUGCAGCAGGCACAGGCAAACAAGGCUCUGAUUGGUCCAAUGGAGGAGAUUCGCGAGGAGUGGAGAGCUACGGGCCUGGGCGGGAGGGUGAUAAGCCCGGAGGAGCGGUUGGACGGGGUGGAGAGCGGUGAGCAGGACAUGGAGAGCCGGAUUGUGCAGAAGGUGUCGGAAAUGAGGGUAGAGGCUGGGCUGGAGGUGGAUAGGGUUGAGAAGAUCGUUAGUGAGAAGGUGGACGGGCUGAAACAGGAGCUAGAGGGGAAGAUUGAGGGGAAGGAGGCGGAGAGGAAAGCGAAGAUGGUUGAGGAGAGUGUGGAGGAGAGAGUGAGAAAGGUGGAGGAGAGUGUGGGGGAGAGAGUGGGUAAGGUAGAGGAGAAUGUGAAGAAAAUAGAGGAGAGUGUUGGGGAGAGAGUGGGUAAGGUAGAGGAGAAUGUGAAGAAAGUAGAGGAGAGUGUGGGGGAGAGAGUGAGGAAGCUAGAGGAGAGUAUGGGAGAGAGAGUGGUGAGAUUGGAAGAGGGUAUGGAGGAGAGGGCUAAGAGGGUAGAAGAGAGUGUGAUGGCGGGAGUGAGGAACCUAGAGGAGGUGGUUCAGGAGGUGGAGAAACUUGAAGAGAAGGGCGUACAAGAGAGAUUGGGAGAGGUGGCAGGUAGUAUUGAGCAACGAGUGAAAGAUAUUGAGGGGAUAAUGGAAGAGAGGGUGCAGAAAGUAGAGGAGAGUGUGGAGGAGAGAGUGAGAAAGGUAGAGGAGAGCGUGGGGAAAAGAGUGAGGAAGGUGGAGGAGGGUAUGGAGAAGGUGGGGGAAGCAGAGAAUAGUUGUGAGAAGGGCGUAGAGGGAGCAGAAGCGAGUGUGGAGGAGCGAGUGAGUAGUAUGGAGGGCAGUGUGGAGGAGCGAGUGAGUAGGCUGGAGGGGAGUGUGGAGGAGAGUGUGAGGGAGCUGAGGGAGAAGGUGGACGAAGUCGAAAGGCAGGCUGCGGACGUGGGGAGAGUGGUGCUGGAGAUCAGCAAGGAGGUUGCAGAGCAAGUGAGAUUCUUGAAGUCUCAGCAAGGCUUAUCUCUGGAGAACGAUGAAGCAUUGACAAAAACCGUUGAAGGAUCUGUGGCAGCUGCUGCUUCUGCACAGCAGCAGAUAGAGGCGGUUAUUGCAGUUGGAAGGGAGGUUGCUAAAGUAGCAGCAGAACUUUCCAAAUCUGUCAAAUAUGCCAAAUCUGGCGUAGGGAGCGAGGGGGAGGAGGGUGGGGCUGGUUUGCUGGAGCAGGUGGUUCUGAUUGGUCGGGAGGUGGCGAUUCCGGGAGCAGCAAUAGCUGCGGGUGAUAAGGAGCAAGAGGGAAGGAAGGAGGAGGUUGAGUGUCUUGAGGAGGUGGUGCUGAUUGGUCGAGAAGUGGUCCGGGUGGCAGCAGAAAUUGCCAAGGGUGCGAAAGACCAAAUUCACGGAAUCAAAUCUGCAGAGGAAAUCAAAUCUUUGAUUGCAGCUGAGCUGGCAGCGGCUGGUGUGGUGCAGCAGCAGCAGCCGGAAGUAGUGGCUUUGAACGAACCUUCCAAGAAGGUGGAGCAUCUGCAGGAGCCAACAGCACCAGCAGCUUUGGGCGAACCUUCCAAGAAGGUGGAGCACCUGCAGAAGCUCCUAGAAGAGGAGCAGCACAAGGCUGACGCGGCAGCUGCUAACGUGGCAUCCACGAUCCAACAGCUUUCAGAUAAAAUCUCCACAUUGGAGCUGAAGCAGGCGCAUACCACGUCAGCAGCAGCAUCAGCCGCGUCAGCAGCGUCAGCCGCUGUUGCAGUGACCCACGCUGCGUUUCCCUGUGCAGCGUCCAUAGGGGCGAGUGUUCUGACCUCCCCUGGAGGCCCUAAGAUGAUCACAGCAGCGGCAGAGGCGGCGGCUGCGAUUGUGGUGGACCGAGGGUGGGUGCAGCAGCAGCUGGCCGAGCAGGAGGUGAAGCUGUGA